GAAAACGAGGUGAACAACGAGAUGGCCAAUCGCAUGUCGCUGUUCUACGCCGAGGCCACACCCAUGUUGAAGACCCUCAGCAACGCCACCACCAAGUUUGUGUCAGAGAAUAAGACGCUGCCCAUCGAGGACACCACAGACUGCCUGAGCACCAUGGCCUGUGUGUGUCGUGUCAUGCUGGAGACUCCGGAGUACCGUUGUCGCUUCACCAACACAGACACCAUGUUGUUCUGCAUGAGGGUGAUGGUGGGCGUCAUCAUCCUCUACGACCACGUCCACCCAGUCGGGGCCUUCGCCAAGACCUCCAAAAUCGACAUGAAGGGCUGCAUCAAGGUGCUGAAGGAGCAGCCGUCCAACAGUGUGGAAGGACUUCUCAACGCUCUGAGGUACACGACCCGGCAUCUAAACGACGACAGCACCUCCAAACAGAUCCGGGCGUUGCUGCAAUGAGCGAGGAUGCACUUGACAGGAGGAGGACAGAAUACUGCUGUUUGUUUACAAAAUACGUGAUAAUUGUACCAAGAGGAAAAAGAAUUCUAUUUAUUGUCAGCUGUCCACCAUUCUCUUGUCUCUUGUUUUGUAAAGUAAGAAAAUAGACGCCAGAAAAUAAAGAUAUAUAUAAAAACAACAACUAAAGAUGAAAAUAAGUAGACGAGUAAGAGGAGGCGUUUAAUAUUAGGCCAGAAUUGAAGCAAAGUCCUAGUCCGACACUAUUUUUAAACACACACACACACACACACACACACUCGCACGCACACACACACACACACACACACACAC